ACAAACUUCCUUCUUCCAAUGAGCAGAUUGUGUUUAUCUCUUAAAAUCUAGAAUUAUUCCAACGAAGUUAGCAAACAUAUUAGAUAUUUUAUAUUUAAGACAAAGCCUCGUGCACGUGGCCACACCCACACCUAGUAAUUAUAGAAAGAGACAAAGCAACAGCAACAGUGCACGUCUAGCUCCAGCUAGCAAGUUAUAACUCGGAGGAGCUCGUCAACCAGAGAAAAGCUUGACUUGAGUUUCAAAAUCCAAACUGAUUCCAUAUUCAAUAUUCAUUUUCCGUAGCAGAAACUGAACUAAAACUGAAACCCAUGGAGAUGGAGACCACUCAUCCGAAGCCACAUGCUAUCAUGAUUCCCCUUUGCUUCCAAGGCCACAUAACCCCGACCGUACAUCUAGCCAUAAAGCUCGCUUCAAAUGGUUUCACCAUCACCUUCAUCAACACCGAAAGCAUCCACCACCAGAUAAUCAAAUCUCGACCCCAAGACGAUGACAACGACGACCAAGAUAUCUUUGCCGGAGCACGUAAGUCCGGCCUGGACAUUCGCUACAAGACGGUGACAGAUGGUUUUCCUCUGUCCUUCAAUAGGCUGCAUAACCUUAAGCAAUUCUGUGAAGGUCUUUUCCAUGUCUUCCCAGCCCAUGUGGAUGAACUUGUAGGAAAUAUAGUCGGAGACGAUCCCUCAGUCACGUGCUUGAUUGCAGAUGCUCUCCAUCCAUGGCCAUCAACCAUAGCCAAAAACUACAAUCUUGUCCAUAUUUCCUUCACGACCGAACCAGCUCUGGUCUUUACUCUGUACUAUCAUGUGGACCUCCUUAUAAGAAAUGGCCAUGUUGCUUCUCAUGAUAAUCGAGAGGAUACCAUCGAUUACAUACCCGGUGUCCAGGCUAUUCAGCAAAAGGACUUGAUGUCUCACCUCCAACAAACAGAUAUAUCAACGGCGGUUCAUCGGCUUAUAUUCAAGGCAUUUGAGGGUGUGAAAAAGGCAGACUAUAUUCUUUGUAACACAGUGGAAGAGCUCGAACCCCACGCGAUUUCCGCCAUACGAGAGAAGCAGCCAAUAUAUGCGAUUGGCCCUCUUUUUUCCAGUAUUGGGCAAAACGGAAGCAUCGUAGCCACCAGCCUUAGGUCCAAGUCUGACUGCAGCCAGUGGCUAGACACCAAGCCUCAUGGUUCAGUUUUGUAUGCCUCUUUUGGAACUCUAGCUCUUCUUAAUGAACACGAUGUGGAAGAAAUAGCUCAGGGGCUUUUGCUGAGUAAAGUGAGUUUUGUUUGGGCGCUACGUCCUGAUAUCGUGAGCUUUUCUGAAUCCUAUGUCCUACCCGAUGGAUUUGAAGAUGAGAUCAAAGACAGAGGAUUGAUCAUCCCCUGGUGCAAUCAGAUUGAGGUGAUUUCACAUCCAGCGGUUGGAGGGUUCCUAACACAUUGUGGAUGGAACUCGAUAUUAGAAAGUAUUUGGUAUGGUGUACCGAUACUGUGUUUUCCAAUCGUUUCUGAUCAGCCGACUAACAGGAAAAUAGUGGUUGAUGAUUGGAAGGUUGGACUCAAUUUGUGUGAUAAGAAGCCAUUGACGAGGUUGGAAGUGAGGGAAAAGAUCAACCGUCUGAUGAGCGGAAAGUCAGCUGAAGAGUUGAGGGUGGAGAUGAAGAAGGUGAGAGAUGUAGUUGAGAAAGCUGUGGACAGGGAUGGAUUAUCAGAAAAAAGCGUAUGUGAGUUCAUUUUCCAAGUCAAAUCUCAAAUUAGAAAAAGGAUUAUGACAUAAUCAAAUACAAUCGUUUGAUAUAAAAAAUUGUGUCUAUAAUUACUCCAAUAUUGUCGCCUUUCCCUCCUUGUAUAAAACUUCACAGAAACUGAUUUGGAUUCAGAAUCUGAAAUUAUCAGAACCGUCCAAAAGGAAGGUUAUCCAUUAAAAUUGCUGAUGAACUAUUUUUGAAUAAAUUAAUUAAGUAAUGGAGACAUUUGCUUUUGGUGUUUUCUUUGAAAA